ACCAAAUCAUAUUUUUCAAAUUAUAUUGAAGUUCCAAAAGAAGAACAAAUCGAGGUUUCACGGGAUUGUUGGUCCUGUUUAUAUUGUUUUUGGCUCACUCAAUGCUCCCGCAGUGUAGAGUCCGGCCAGAAUCAACAAGAAAAGGAGGAGUCCAGCCAGAAUCAAGAAGAAAAUAAGAACCCUCAACCCAUGUGCUCCACUCAUCUGUUUAGAUGUUACCAAUCUCAGAAACAUCCGUCAUCAGCCAAGAAUCAACAAGAAAAGGAGUCGUCCAGCCAGAAUCAAGAAGAGGAGAACCCUAAACCCUUGCAUUUCACUAAUCUAAUUAGAUAUUACCGAUCUCAGAAAUAUCCGGCCGAGAAUCAACCAAAAGAGAAGUCCAGCCAGAAUCAACAAGAAACAGAGUCAUCCGGCCAGAAUCAACAAGAAAAGAAGAUUCCUCAACCCAUGCGUUUCACUGAUCUGAUUAGAUGUUACCGAUCUCAGAAACAUCCGUCAUCAGCCAAGAAGCAAGAACCAAAUAGCGAGCCUCCUCCCCAGCAUUGCAUUGAUCUUAGUAAAUAUUGUUGCCUAUCUCCGAAGUCAAACAAGAAAAAUGCUAGAUACCUAGUUUCUGCAACCAAGUUACAUGAAGCUGGAGUGACGUUUAAGGCAUCUAAAAAUGCGUGGCCGCUUGGCAUAACGCUCGAAGGAGGAGUAUUGAGCAUGCCAACUUUGAAAGUUUCCGACUCCACGGAACGCCUAUAUAGGAACCUCAUGGCUUUUGAACAAUGUCACUACCCAAAAGAAGCUUACAUCUGCAACUACAUUAGAUUCAUCGAUGAACUGAUCAACACUGAAGAUGACGUGGACUUGCUCAUUGAGAAUGGUGUUCUUGUUAAUAGCCUUGGCAAUAAUGAAAAGGUGUCCAACCUUUUCAAUGAUCUGAAUAGUGGAAUCGUAAGAGCAAAUUUUUGUUACGAAACAAUCUUUCAACGGCUGAAUAAUCACUACGGGACUUGCUGGUACCGAGCCGUCGCAACCUUGAGACAUGCAUACUUCAGCAAUCUUUGGAGAGGUGGCGGAACGGUAGUCGCAUUCAUACUCCUUAUCCUCACUUUGAUACAGUCCAUACGUUCUCUAAUGGAAAUAUUUUAGUUUCAGAGGUUGUGUAA